AUGUUUGUGAUUAGCAAAAUGGAACCAUCGAUAAGAACAUUCCUUAUGUUUUAUAUUCUUGGCUAUGUAUAUGGCAAACAAAUUGCACCCAAUAUAAUUGUGAUCUUAACAGAUGAUCAGGAUGUUACGUUGAAAGGAUUGGCUCCCAUGGUCAAAACGCAACAAUUUAUAGCGAACGAAGGCGCUACGUUUACCAACGCGUUUACAUCUUCCCCAAUAUGCUGUCCAUCUCGGAGUUCCAUCCUAUCUGGACAAUACACACAUAAUACAAGAACACACAAUAACUCUUAUUCAGGAGGAUGUUACGGUGAUUACUGGCGUAGCACUGUAGAACCUCAAAAUUUCCCAGUGAAAUUACAACAAGCCGGAUAUAAAACUUUCUAUGCUGGUAAAUAUCUCAACCAAUAUAUGUCUAAAGUAAUUCCUCCAGGUUGGAACGAAUGGUAUGGAUUGUACGGAAAUUCUAUUUACUAUAACUACACUUUGAAUGAAAACGGCCGCUCUGUGUCAUAUUCUGAGGAAUACUUAACCGAUUUGUUGAGGAACAAAACGCUUGACUUCAUUUCGAACGCAGAAACAAGCGAACCAUUUUUUGCCAUGGUGGCCCCGCCAGCACCACAUGCUCCGUAUACAGCAGCCCAGAGACAUCAGCAUAUGUUUCCUGAAAUAUAUGCGCCCAGAACUAAAAAUUUCAACAUUCCUUGUAACUCACUAGAGAAACAUUGGUUACUCACAAUGCCGCCAUCACCCUUGCCUAACAACAUACUAGAAUCUAUAGACGAUAUAUACCGUAAACGUUGGCAAUCUUUGAUGGCAGUGGACGAAAUGGUGGAAGCAAUAGCUAUGCUCCUAGAGAGGAAGAAUAUCUUGCAAAAUACGUUUGUAAUUUAUACUUCAGACAACGGAUACCAUUUGGGUCAAUUCAGUCAACCCUACGAUAAGCGCCAGCCUUAUGAAACAGAUAUACGAGUUCCUUUUCUCAUAAGAGGUCCCAAUAUUGCCCCCAAAAGUCUAAUAUCAUCCCCAGUUGCUCUUUUCGAUAUUGCGCCAACCAUUUUUGAUUUGGCUGGAUUAGAAAUUCCUUCUCGAAUGGACGGCGAGUCAAUUAUGCCCAAAUUGUUACAAACAAGUAUUAAAGAACGGCAAAUAUUAAUAGAAUACUGGGGAGAAGGCAAUGUCAAUACGUAUAAUUCGGAAUGUCCGUGGCAGAAAAAAGACAAACUCUAUCUUUGUACCUUAGAUGCAGUAUGUCAUUGUCAAGACUCCUGGAACAACACCUAUAAUUGCGUGAGACAUUUAGCUGAAGAUGUGGAUUUUAUUUACUGCGAAUUCAUGGAUAAUGAGCAUUUUGCCGAAGCUUACGAUUUAACAAACGAUUUAUAUCAGAUUCAGAAUGUAGCUUUCGAAAUCCUGCCGUCUGCUCGAGCGAAGUACAGUCUUGCACUAACCAAUUUGACCCAAUGUAUGGGAGAAUCAUGUCGGCAAAUAUAUUGAUACAAGAUUUUUUUUUACUGUUUCGCUAUAACUGAUUGAGUUUUUAAUUUCGUGGAUGUAAUGAAUUAUGUGUUAAAAAAAAUAGAAUUAUUCUCUAUACACAAAAUAAAAAAAUUAAAAUAGUA